AACAAGAUGAUGUCUUGACUUGUCCAAAAAGUCAAUUUUCCGAAAAUUUUAACUCUGAAGUCAAUAUGGCGAGGGUACUGGGUAUUGGAGAAGGUUUAUUUAUCUUAGCAUUUUUGUGGGUGUUAUGUCUGUUACUCUGUUUAGUUUUUAGUCGAGCACAAGGGGCACUUUCACAUUUAGGUCCACUAGCAAUUAUUGUAGCUGGUCUGGUAACAAUUAUUUUAAUAUUUAUUCCACGAGAGCCAGAAAUAUCUACACCAGAUGAUUCAAUAAAGAUUUACGACUAUUCUAUUAUCUAUAGAUUUGGUUUAAUAGCGGUCGUGUCAUUGUUUAUUAUAAUUGGUGGUGUUUUAUAUCUAACACAACAGAUGAUGAUACCUGUUCUAGCUAAACCUAUUAGACGAGUCAGAUGAGAGAUGUUUUAAACUAGUUUAGACUAGUUUUAAAUAUUAACGUUCAAUACGAGACAGUUUAUAUCAAUGAACUUUAACCUUGAAGUAAGCUUAGGUAUUCAUUACUUUAACCAUUGUAUUCACCAAGAAUGGGAAGAGUUGCAGAGUGGAUAUUUAUGUGCCUAAUUUUAGAUAAUAAUGAACUUUGACCUAGCAAUUUAGUUAAGAUGUUCAGUACUUUUGCAAAUUUCAUUCAGCAAAUAUUGGUUACAUUUUUCAAUCAUGAUUUGUUUCAAUUAGUUUAGUGAAGAGGCAUUUCUGGAUAUGAUUAUAAAAAUUUUAAUUUUAAAACUUGGUUAAAAUGAGUCUUCGACCAUCACUAGAUUUACCUGGUGUCAAAACUAUAAGACAGAAUCCCUCUAUAAUCAAAUAAAUCCUUAAAACUAAGUAAUAAUUCAUUAAAGUAAUUUUGAGACUUGCUUAGAAGUGUUAAUAAUUGAUUAGUUUAGUUAAUAUAUGUCAUAUAUAGAGAUUCUAUUCUUUGGUCAUGGGCAAUGGCUCCUGGUAAGUUCAACUGAUGAAUAUAUACACUUAUUAACCAAGUUUGAGACUUUAAAUUUUAUGUCCAUUCUAAGGGAUAGUUUCCUCUUUUAACAUCUAAUAUAUUAUUUUUAAUUGAAUAAGCUGUUUGAGUAAGACACUGUCUAGUCUUUGAUAUAGAUCUUUGACAGUUUGAUGUGACCUCAGUAAUGAAUGGAACAAGUCUGUAUCAAAGCUUCUAACGGUAAAUUUUUGUCAUAAAUGUUGUCUCUCAUUAUGAAAAUACACAUUUUUUGACAAAUUUUUCAUGUUAGAUGUUUUGUGAAAAGGUGUUAGAAUGUGGCAAAAGUUGUAGGAUAUAUAAUCACAUAUCACCAACACUUUCUGGAUGUUCUGACCUUGUUAAACAAAUGUUGUUAGUUGUAAAUAUAUAUAUUUUCAUGUUUUUAUAUUUAUUUAAUAAAACCGUACAAAAGUU